UAAUGUAAAUCCAGAAGGUUGUUGUCACAAAAUAAUCCCCUUCAGAGAGCUAACUUCCUGUUUUAGCCCGUAUCCAGUUCCAUCCCAGUAAAGACACAGAUCAUUUUGUCAUUGCAACAGAACGUGCUUUUACUUGUCUGUUAUUUUGCCAUAUUGUAAGAUCCCCAAGAUUUGUCUUGUAAUGUUUGUUGGUUAGCAUGCUCAAUCCUGUUUUCUCACCUAUAAGUGUGUUAAAGAGGGGAAGCCCAGUUACUGGAACAGCCUUAGGCGACUCACAGUGGAGAAACUGGCUUUAGCCAGGCGUUUUGGCUCAGGGGAACAAAGCCUUCUGGGGUUUGCAGGCGGUCUGUCGUCCUCCUCGGGACAGCCGCACUCACUGCCCAGGUAUCAGUCCACUGCGAGCUGCAACCUGUGCUGCCAAACUUCCCAUCUCUCGGGAGGAGGUCUGAACCUCUCGGCUCCGACCGUUUGUGACUCUGUGGUUAUGGAGAACUGUGCAGAUGGUGUAGAAACCCUAGUUGAAGAUCAACACCGUACAUGCACAGCUUGCACCUCCUCGUCUCUAGCCUUCCCACCUGGAUGUGGCCUCCAUUCCCAGACAGCCCCCUCCAGCCCUCUGCUUCAACGGCAUCACUCCAUAGAUCCCACCCGCUCUUCUCAAUCAGCUCUGGUGUUCACGAAGCAACACAGCCUGGAUGAGCUGAGGUCUGCCGUCCAUACCGUUGCCAGUAGUAUGGACCAGAGCAGCAGCAACGCUCGAGAUCUCAGGCAGAAGAUGGUAGAGGUAACUGAGAGAAUGACAGACAGCAUGGAGGAAAACGCCCAGGCAUUGAGUCUGUUGGUGGAAGUGGUGGACAAACUGCAGGGUCUUAUUAUCGCCAGCAAGUCUCCAGAAGUGACUUCUAGACCCCAAAAUGUCUCAAAAACGGCAAGCAUCCCCAACUUGCCCGGCCAGCCGAUUGCGCCAGCCAACGCUGCUUGUGUUUCAUCCUCAUCCUCCUCCUCCUCAUCGUCUUCAUCCUCAACUGCAUCAUCUUCCUCCUCUUCUCUAAACUUUAACAUGAAGGUUCCUUAUGUAGCACCACAAUGCAACUCCUGCAAGUCUUCAUCAUGCCUGACUGGAAACAGGUCUGUAACACCAGGAAGUAAAACUGGACAGACUUCCCCAUCAAACGGUUUGACGGCCUCCACUCCUAACGAUGACUGUAAUACAAUACUGUGCCUCUCUAGCAAGAGGAAAAAUUCAAAGAUGAGGAAAUAAGAGUGACUGUGUUCCCACUUCUCUCUCCUCACUUUACUCUUUGCUCAAAUCGCUGGUUUUGAUUUUACUGAAUGCUUCGAUGACGUUGUUCACUACAAUGGAACUACAUGACAAACAGGCAAUUACUCCAUCUUUUUCUUAUUCGUAUCUCUUGUUCAUCCCAUCCACACUCAAGAUUCAUUGAACAUUUCCUUGAAUGAUGCUUGUUAACAUUGUUCAAGAGUAUCAAGUGUCCUUGCCUUCAAAUAAAAACAAUUCUUCAUCUGAGGCUCUUUCAUCAACCCUAUGUGUAUUUCCCAUAAGUUCCUCUUUGACCUUUGUCACACUUUUAGUUUAGGUCAAUUCGGGCAUUUUGACUGGAUUCCACAAUCUCAUUACCAUAGUGUUGUUCUUCCUAAUAUUUCAUCAUAACGUGAUCUCCG